AUGUUUGAUAUACGUGUCUACCAGAAGAAUUUUUACUGCAAACAUAUGCCUCAACUCACAAAGCAACAACAAACGCCGAUUGCUUUUAUGUCGUUCCACUUAAUUCAUUCCUUAUUCUGCGCACAAGCUUCUGAAAUGCUUGACGAAAUAGCACCGCCACCGACUCGUCUGACAUACGAGUCAGUUCUUACGCAGGUUGAAGCUUUAAAAUGUGAUUUACAGUUAGAGAAAGAGAAAGCUCUUUGGGGAGUGACGCAUCCAUCUGAGGUAUCGAGUCUUUUACUUUCCUUGCGGUGGAAACUUUUCUUAAAGUGUCUUCCUACCGAUGGUACCCAGUGGACUACUGAGAUUCGGAAACACCGAAAAGCGUAUGAAGACCUUUGCAUCGAACGGUCUUCUGAUUUAGUCGAACUUUUCGAGCAAAAUCCGUUAGACUCGUAUUCGAGUGAUGCGAAUUUGAUAGGACCGGACCAAGAUGAGUUUGUAGGGAAUGAUGCGAUCAAAGCGCGAGUGAGUUGGGACAUCAAAAAAGAUAUCAAACGGACGAAAUUAGAGAAGCGGAUUCAAACGUGUGAGAAUCGGCAGAUGUUACACAAGAUCCUUUUCUUAUAUGCGAUGAAACAUCCCGAAAUCAAUUACACCCAAGGGUUUAAUGAGUUGAUAGCGGUCUUAUUUAAUGUGAUGAUGAACGAUUAUAUGAAAGUGAAUACCUUAUUAGAGAAACAAAGUAAUUCGCCGACUAACUCGUUCUUAAGAGAGUUGUUUUCACAGCAAAAUUUGGAGCAUGACGUGUACAUAUUAUUUGAGAAGUUGAUGGAGGGGAUACGUGUGUGGUACGAGACGAAUGAAAAUGAGUCGAAACACAUUCUUGAGCGAUGCGAUGAUAUUGUGAAGUACUUAAGUAUUAAAGAUCCACAUAUCUACCAAAUCUUUUGCGAAUUGGAAGUCGAACCACAACUCUUCUUGUUACGGUGGGUACGUAUUCUCUUCUGCCAAGUCUUUAAUACUACAGACUUGUAUUACAUCUGGGACGUCCUCUUCGCACAUGAUAAUUUGUUGGAACUAUUGAACCAUUUGUGCGUUGUCGUGAUGUCAUUACCACGAGAAACAGUGUGUUCCGGAGAUGGGUUAAAUGUCUUUAAUAUCUUCUUUAACUACCCACGGAAAUUCCCUAUUUACUUCAUCGUGCACUGCGCUCUCAAUUCAUACACAGAAAAGAAUAGACCUCUUUUCAAGGAAUUGUAUCCACUCCCUUUACGUAAAGAAAAAAAUAAAAGAAGAACACCAAAUCCUUCUACAGGUGAGUUACAAAAAGAACUUUCCUUUGAUACAAGAAAUUCGUUGGAUACAGAUGGGAUGUAUACCCAAUUGGUUUUCAUUGAAGACAACUUGGAAAAUGUACUUGAAAGUUUACCGUUUGUUUCUAGUUAUUAA